AUGCCCCGCAUCCCCACCGCCAAACUCGCCUCCAAGGCCGGCGCCUCACAGCGUCACAAGCCACUCCCACAACAGUUGCAACAGGAUCAACUCACAUCCAAAUUUGGUCUCGUAUCCGCUCCCGGUCGCCGCUCCAAAAAGUCGGCCAAGCCACAAUCCGCAUCCGACGAUGAGCAGGAUCAGAAGCAGUACGCCGCCCCCGCCGGAAUGGUCACGGGCGGCAAAUCCGGAGGAGCCAACACCUCAAAAAAGUACAUUGACCCAAAACUCUCCAGAAAUAUCCUUCGACUCGCACGUCAACAGCAGGAAGAGAUUGAGCGAGAGGAGAUGGAGCUUCAACACCCUUCUUCGUCCACAGCAGCACCCACCUCUACCUCCAUCCCCAUGGCCGCUCGCCCUUCAGCAGCAGCAAUGCCAGACGACUCGGAUGACGAACAGGCAGAUCUCGAUGACUUGGGUGAGCUAGACGACGAUGAGGCAGAGAUGGGUGUCAACGGCUGGAACUCGUACGAUGCCAACCUCGAAAUCGACCCUUCAGAUCGUGCGCUUCUUGACAAGUUUGAAGCUGAGCACCGCGCUCACGACGAUGACAACGAGAGCGAUGCUCCGAUCGGAAAUGGCGCAUUUGGAGGUCGAGGCAACAAGACCCUUGCCGAUCUCAUUAUGGAGAAAAUCGAAGCAGCCGAGGCAUCUGGUGACGGCCCAUCAGCACAAGAACUCGAAGAGCGUCGCAUGCCCCCCGGUAUCAAUCCCAAAGUAAUCGAAGUCUACCGCAAAGUUGGCGAGCUUCUUUCUCGGUACAAAUCCGGUCCUCUGCCCAAAGCUUUCAAGAUCGUACCUUCCUUACCCGCGUGGGAGUCCAUCCUCUACAUCACCGAUCCUGCCUCCUGGACACCGCACGCCACCCUCGCAGCAGUACGCAUCUUUGUCUCGACGAUGAAAGCUGACCAGAUGCAACGAUUCUACGAACUCGUCCUGCUCGACAAAGUCCGGGACGAAAUCCAAGACGACGGAAAAGUCUCCUACCAGACGUACGAAGCGAUGAAAAAAGCCAUUUACAAGCCCGCCGCCUUCUUCAAAGGCUUCCUCUUCCCCAUGUGCGAAUCCGGCACUCUAACACUCAAAGAAGCUGCCAUCGUCUCUUCCGUUCUCGCCAAAGUUUCCAUCCCUGUCUUGCACUCGGCUGCAGCUUUGCUCAGGCUAGCAGAGAUGGAGUAUUCAGGUCCCACCUCGCUCUUCAUCCGAGUUUUGCUCGACAAAAAGUACGCGCUGCCGUACAAGGUUGUCGAUUCCCUCGUUUUCCACUACCUUCGAUUUGCUGAGCCCAACUCGGGCGUAGAGCUAGAUAAGAUCACAAGGGAGAGAAGGAUGCCCGUCUUGUGGCAUCAGAGCAUGUUGGUUUUCGCUCAAAGGUAUAAGCAGGAUUUGACGCCCGAUCAGAAGUCGGCGCUCUUGGAUUUGUUGCGAGUGCAAAAGCACGACGGCAUUUCCCCAGAGGUCAGAAGAGAGUUGUUGACUGCUACAGCGAGAGGCGAAAUGUUGGAAGAACCCGUGGAUCAAGAUGAUGAUAUGAUGUCGGUAUGA